AUGUCAGGCCUUGCUGAGCGCCACCCCGUGGCGCCGGCGUUCCAGGGGCGGCCGCUGCCGGCCAGCGUCAAAAUCGUCGAGGUGGGGCCUAGGGACGGCCUGCAGAAUGAGAAGGAGACGAUACCAACAGAUGUGAAGGUCGAAUUCAUCGACCGCCUGUCAGCCGCCGGCCUGGCCUACAUUGAGGCCACCAGCUUUGUGUCCCCCAAGUGGGUGCCCCAGCUCGCGGACGGCGCGAACGUGAUGGGCCGCAUCCGGCGGCGCCCCGGGGUGACGUACUCGCAAGGGCCAAACCUUGGUACCGCCGCCGCCGCAGCCGCUGCCGCUGCCAUCGAGCCGGGGUCUCGUCCCUCCAGCGGCUUCGAGCGCGCGCUGCAGGCGGGGGUGGACGAGGUGGCGAUCUUUGCAGCUGCCAGCGAGGCGUUCAGCAGAAAGAACCUCAACUGCUCCAUCCAGGAGAGCCUCGAGCGGUUUGUGGAGGUGGCAGAUGCGGCCAAGGCCGCCGGCAUUCCAGUGCGCGGCUACGUCUCGUGCGCCGCCGGCUGCCCCUACAGCGGCCGCGUCGAGCCCGCCGCCGCCGCGGCCGUGGCGCGCGCUCUGUGGGACAUGGGUUGCCACGAAAUAUCACUGGGUGACACCAUCGGCGUCGCGACGCCGGCGUCUGUGACAGCCAUGUUCGAGGCAGCAGCCAAGGAGGUGCCUAUAGAGCAUCUGGCGGCGCACAUGCACGACACGUACGGCCAGGCGCUCGCCAACAUUCUGGCGGCCAUCCAGCUGGGUGUGCACGUGGUGGACGCCAGCGUGGCGGGCCUGGGCGGCUGCCCCUACGCUAAGGGCGCCAGCGGGAACGUUGCGACAGAGGAUGUCGUCUACAUGCUGAGCGGCCUGGGCAUAUCCCACGGCGUCGACGCGGCGGCCCUGGCCGACGCAGGCGAGUUCAUCUGCGCCGCCAUCGGCCGCGAGAGCCAGUCGCGCGUCGCGAGGGCGACGCGCGGCGCGCGGCAGGGCGCGGCGGCGCGGCGACUCGAGCCGGAGCAGUGA